AUUUAUGAAAAUUGUCCUUUUUUGCAUAGAUUCAUUUUAAAAGCAUAUAUUGUUGCUAUUACAUCAUUGUAACUACUGGUUAUAUUUUUCCAAUACGCAUUAAAAUAAAUUCAUAACUAUGAAAAUAAAAGACAUUUAUGUACUACCCAAACAUAACCUUCAGGAAACUGCAUUAGAGCACGUCAAGAGGAUCACUAGGCUAGUCAAGGACAAGACCAAGGGUUUACAGAGCUGUGAGUUUCACGGCCUCACCACUCAUUGAUCGCACAACCACUCCCACGGAAUGCGGUGGGUGGUAGGUUCAUUUACAUCAGAGAAAAGCCAGCAUGGAAGAGUGCAACCGCUGUACACAUAUUCACGUAGUGGAAAUUAGAAUCAAGGUCUUUCUCCAAAAAACAACAAUGUAGUAGGGAAAAGUGUUGAUUUGGGGGAAAUAGACCUCAGUCAAGUCCAAUGGACUGACUGUACAUGGUAUUCAGGGCCCGGGAAGCGGGACUCAGUGCUGACCAGGAUUGCACUAUGAACAUUCCACAUUCUGGCUAGAACAUUAGGGAUUCUAAGGUUCUGCUGAUUAUGCUGGCAUCCAGGGCUUACAAGUGGCAGCCUAAGGACCCGGGGCUGUGGUAGGUCACAGUCCCUGAGCGGGUCUCAGUGUCCAACACUGUAGCUGGUGCCUGCCAGGUUCCCAGUGGCUGGGGUCACCAGGUCUGAAGAGAGAUGUGCUGGCUGCGGGCAUGGGGCCAGAUCCUCCUGCCAGUUUUUCUCUCCCUCUUUCUUAUCCAAUUGCUUAUCAGCUUCUCAGAGAAUGGUUUUUUCCACAGCCCCAGGAACAAUCAGAAACCAAGAGAUAAGACUGAAGAGGAAUGUGCUGUAAAGAAGAGUUGUCAAUUGUGCACGAAAGACAAGAAAUGUAUUUGGUGUAGUGAAGAAAAAACAUGCAAAAAAUAUUGUUUUCCAUAUUUUGGGUGUAAAUUCAGUUCUAUAUAUUGGUUAAACUGUGCAGUUGACAUGUUUGGAAUCAUGAUGCUUCUACUCAUUGCAAUACUAAUUACAGGAUUCAUUUGGUACUGCUGCGCCUAUCUCUUUUACCUGCAGGAUUUGAACAGAAAUCGUGUCUAUUUUUAUGGAAGACGAGAAACAGUUCCUGUUCCCAACUGCAGUGCUACUGGCAAGUGUUUUCAUUUUUUGAUGGAGCGUCCCAGACUCCUUCAGUAACAGCUUGUUACCUUGUUCCAAACAUCAAAAUUAAAGUAUGAGUAGGGGCCAGGUACAGUGACUCACACCUGUAAUCUCAAUGCUUUGAAAGGCCAAGGUGGGAGGAUUUGUUUGAGGCUAGAAAUUCGAGGUUAUGAUGAACACUUUGCAUUGCAUACAUAUUGCACCAUUGCAUUCCAGCUUGGGCUCAGAGGAAGACCCUGUCUCUGAAAACAACAACAAAAAUCAAAGUAUGGUAGGACUCAUAACAACAGAUUUCAUUUUUCCCAUUUCCAUGAUACAUUUUGGUAACCUCAAUAGCUAGACCGGGAUUGGUAAAAUCACAAUAUUGACAGAGAAGGGCUAAAAUUUUCCAGCCCAGUUGGGGAUAUUCAUAGCUUCCCCUGCUACCCCAACUCCCACUCCACAAAAGCAACCCAACAAAAGAUGACCUUUGUCUUCAGGAAUUCUUGCAGGCUUUCCCAGAUUAAUUCACUUCAUUUUACCCAGUUCCUUGGCUAACCUAUCCACUCUCCUCAACUCGAUUCCAAACUUUCCCUCACUUACAAAGCUUUCCCUUAUCCAGGACUCAAAUCUUGGCUUCCUUUGGUUGAUCACCCACAGUUCCUGGGCAGGCACUCCCAAUCCUCUACCCAGGUCUGGAUCCUGAAAGCCCAACUGGAGUCAAAAUCAUGAUUCCCCUGUUCACUUAAUUGGACUACAAAAAAAAUUUUACAUCAUAAUAAUAUAUGACUGAGGAAAGAGUACUGCAUAGUCCUUUAUAAUUACUAUUUUAAAAUAACUUUGCGGGGUGGGGGUCUCCAGAUUAUUUUAGUGCUUUGGGCUGCAGGGGCAUAAUAAUAGGAAAUGUAGAAAAACCCGGGACCCAUACUUUUAGGUUGCAAAAUCUGGAUGGGAAGCAGGGUAAACCUUUUAGGGUAAGAAUGAAAUGGUAAACACAUACACACUCCUUUGUCAACUCCUAGACCUUGUUAUGUAGAAAUUGUUUGGUUGAUAACAGGAUCAUGAAAUGUUUCAAAAAGCUAUUUUAGGACAGGAGCCAAAGUGUAGGGCAAAUGCUGCUUCUUCUGAAGAUUGAAAUUAAACCAGGGGGCUGCAGAGAAUAAUGCUGCAUUUCAAUUUUUCCCCAUCCAUUUUAAAUUCCACAGCACAUUGACCCAGGGAAAACACUGAAAAGAGCACAAGAUUAGGUAUUUAAUUAGUUUAGGUAGACACAGUUAUCUUUUCACUGAUUGAGAAUUGUCAGAUUCAUUGCAGGGAAUAAAGUGUAGUCAAAUUCACAAGGCAGGAUGAUUUUUUACCCAUGAGAGAGCCCAGUGGGAAUGCCUACAUUAAAGACUUGAGUAAGCAAAACAGGGUUCUGAAAAGAAACUGAGAAGAAGAUGAAAAAGUGGGAGACUGUGGUG